AUACUUUAUGCUUUUGCGCUCAACUUAACAUUCACAGCCGCCGCAGCACGUCGUCUCUUUCUUUCUUCUUCUUCACCGGUUCACCCUGAAGUCCUUCUGUCAGCGGCCAGCGGAACCGGAGCCGCCGGUCGAAACCGGUUGGGCAAGUCUGUUCCAAAACCUUCGUAUUAUCGGGUAGGAUCUUCAUCGGGUAGAAUCAGGUUUGUAAAAAUUCGGGCGGGUACUUGUCGGGUUAUAGAAGAAUCGGAUUUGUAUUCGGAAACACAAUCGAACGGACGGAGAAUUCUAUUUGAGGUCGAUUUCUUCGUCCGCAGGCCAUACACCGUUUCGAUCGCUGCCGCCGGUGCCGCCAGACUCUUGCUUUCUCCAGAUUGGAGGUUGUGCAGAAAUGUCGUAUAUGAGAGGAGAUUUGCUUGCCAAAACCCGGAAACUCGUUAAAGGGUUAGCCAAGGCCGAGCCUGUAUGGCUCAAGGCCAUGGAGAAUUCCUCGGCAGGUCACCGCCUGCUACAUUUCCUCGUGCAGAGAAUAAACUUAAGCAGAUAGUUCUACCUGAGGAUGCUUAUGUUAAUAAGUUUUUCCAGAAGCAUCCCGAUUCAAAAUAUGAAGAUGCUAUCAAGAUAUCUAGUUUUGACCCACCAGCAGCCCGUGUAUUUGCUUGGAGAGUUCUUGAAUUAAAGGGCCAGGGAGUCGGCGAGGAGGAAGCUAUAUCUGUUGCUGAUAUGGAGUAUCGGGGUGAGAGAAAGGCUAAAAAGAAGGCAUAUGCUCGGCUGAAGCAGGUCUCCCGACUUGAAGGGAAAAAGCUGCCGACAGCGAAUCCAUUUCCAAGUGCGAUUGAGGGAAUACAAGCUGAAGAGAGGAAGCUUGUUAAGGAGCGGUUCCAUAAUCCGGAUGCUGUUGAAAUUGUGAAGAAGCUGAAACGGGAGCAUGCUGAACAAAUGAUGGACCGGAGAGGUCGUUUGUGAAGGCCGGCAGCGCGGCUGAAACGAGGUUAGGCUAUUUAUUUAGUCGUAGUUGAGGUAUGAGUGAAUGAUUUGAGUAUUAAAUUUCCUUUAUUUUUUACUUUUAUUUUUAAUGACGUGAGAACCGCGCAACCGAUAUUCGAAAAUGGUCGAAAAUGGUUGUAUGUGUGUUAGGUUCGAAAAUUUCGAUUUGAGCAUUGGUUCAAAAAACUGACUUUGAGCUUUCAAAUUAAGUUUGAAAUAAUUUUGGGUUGGGCCAAUACGGUCUGACUGAGAAAUCAUGCUAUGCCAGGCUUGGACUUUUUGGAAUUGGGCCAUGUUGGCCAG